AAAAAGUGUGAUGGAAUUGCAUUUAUGUGAAAGUGUCAAAAGUUGUAUUAAUAUUUCUUUCAGAAAAUGAAUACCUGCAUAUGAUAGAACCCAACAAUUGUUAAAACCGGAUUUCAGAGACCAUCUGGUUCUUAAUUUAGUGACCUCCUUGCUAUUCCUUUUAUUAGUAGCGAAGAAGAUGCAAGUGAAGUGUAGUUUGACAAUUUUUCAUGGAUAUGACACCGUGCAAUGUCUCCUUAACUUUAAUUUAUUCAAAGGGGAAGUUAUGGAUGGAGCAAAAUCGAAUUAAGUGUGUAACAGCAUAGGAAAAUGGAUCUCGAUUUAAGUCAACUUCUGCAGAGGCAUGAUAGUGAACUCGGCUUCAACAACGAUAUAGUGAAAGCAGACUGGAGUGGUCUGAGUGAAAAUAAUGACAAGGAUUUGGGUGAUGCAUUUGCUAAGCAGGAUGGAUGCUUAUUUGAUGAAAUGGGUGAUAUUCUUGAAACUGCUGAACCAACAUUUAAAGAGAACUCGGCAUCAGAGACUGUGAAUAUGGAGUCUGAUGACUCUUGUGAAUGUAUCGACAUUGACCUGGAUUUUCUGGGAUCUGCACAGACAGCAAUUCAUAAUGAGAUUACUGAAAACAUCAUACAGAUAUCGGAUGAUAAUGAAAGUGAUUUCGAUGUGGCAGUGUCAGAGGAUGUGAAUUUAUCGUCUGCCAAAUUCGAUGUGGCUGUGUCAGAGGAUGUGAAUAUGUCAACUGCCAGUAACAAAACUACUGGACCAGUGGAACUGAAGUCAAACAUUCAAAUUUACUAUCAGAAAGAUUACAGAGGAAAUACAGACAUGUUUGUGUAUGUGCAGGAUAAAUCCCAGAAGGAAACUGUGGAUUUUAGUGAUGACCUUGCUUCAAAUCAGGCAAGAAACACUCCAGUGUCAUGUGCUGAAGAAAACAACACUACCCGUGAUGUGACUUCUGAUUCAAUGGACAGCAAGAUCGUGGAACCAGGAACGAUAAAAAAUCUAAUCAGUGACAAUCUUGUUGAUUUACAUGAAAACAGCAACUCACCUCCAUCUUUUGAAAUGGAAAAUACUUUGGAAUUGAAAACAGUGAAAGGUACAAAGGAAAAGCAGUUUCCCAAACUCUUCCGAGUUUUAACAGAGGAUUGUCAGUCUCCAAGUAAACAUGCUACUUUAAGUGAAACCGAAUCUCUUAAAACAGCUGCAAUAUUCUCCAAACUACCAAGCUCUUUUUCUCCGCUGGAAGAGGAAGAGACCAACUCUUUUAUACCUGUUCAGUCAGUUGAAGAAGAAUCAAGAGAAAGCUCCAAAGCACCUUCAGAAUUAUGCAAUAAGCAAAAUACAGCAGGCAUUGUUGACCAUGUGAUGGGGAAUGCAGAUUCAGAAAGGAGGGAUAGCUGUGAAGAGUCAGAAACUACCGAGAUAAAAUCACACCAGAGAAAAGCUGAGAAACUUAGUCCGACGUCACAAACGGUUAAUCAAAGAACUAAAAAGCUUUUAAAAAAAAAACUCAAGCUGGAGCAAGUGCAAGUUCUUCCCAAAGAACAUUUUACAAACAAAAUAGGGUUCGUCAAGGAUGAGGCAGCAACACUGCUAAAGGACCCCACAUUGUCUGCUCCCUUACUUCCUGUCGGUUUGUACAAGGAUAAGAAAAAUUCACAGGAGGAGGAAGAAGAAACAUCCAUAGACAUUUCUAAACCUUGCAGCUGCAACAUCUGUGGCAAGGUGUUCCUGAAAUAUUCUGACUUAGAGAUACAUAUCCGUGGUCACCUUGGUGAUCGACCAUAUCAGUGUAAUAAGUGUGAACAGUCGUUCAAACAUAGCUCAAACCUGCAGCGUCACCGAAGAAUUCACACAGGCGAAAAACCUUACACCUGUCCACUGUGUGAGAAAUCAUUCGUCGAUGGAACACAACUGCGUAAACAUAUACGCACUCACAACAACGAAAAAAGUGAGUUUUGUAAAAUUUGCAAAAAAGGCUUUGCCUCUAGAACAAAUCUUAAACAGCAUAUGUUAACACAUCUUGAUGAUAGACCUUUUAAGUGCAUGUACUGCAACAAAGGUUUUAAUAAAAAUGCCAACCUUAAAAGUCAUUUGAAAAUUCAUCUUGGAUACAAACCAUGGGUUUGUGAUGUCUGUGGUAAAGAAUUCCCCGAGAAACAUCGUCUUAGAAUGCAUGAGAGAAUUCACUGGGUGGACAAACCAUACAAGUGUGACCAAUGUGAUGCCCAGUUUGCACAAAUUUCUAAUUUGUAUGUCCACCAAAGAAAGCACAAGGGAGAUAAGCCAUGGAAGUGUGGACAGUGCGGAAAAUGUUUUAUGAUGAAAAGUCACCUGACCCAGCAUGUGAAACGACAUACAGGGGAGCGACAGUUCCGAUGUGCUGUCUGCGGUAAAGAAUAUUAUGGAAGGGGGGAGUUCAACCGACACAUGAGGACCCACACGGGGGAGCGAAAUCACGUCUGUGGAACCUGUCAGGAGUGUUUUAUUGACACUACAACGCUUAAAAACCACAUCGCAAGAGUUCACGAGGACAAGCGCUUUAGUUGUAAUGUCUGCAAUAAAGAAUUCGUAUUUAAAUCCAGUCUUGCACGCCAUGUACACAUACACACCGGAAUAAAGAAACAUUUUUGUACAACAUGCGGUGCUGGGUUUCAGUUUCAGGUUGAGUUAAGGGACCAUGUGAAUAAACAUUUAGGACAUAAACCACACACCUGUGAUGUGUGUGGAAAGAAAUUCUACAAAGUUGCAGAGCUCAAUCAACACAAGAAAAUUCACACAGGGGAGGCAAUGAUUUAUUGUGAGUGCUGUGACAAAACAUUUAACUACAAACAGUCGUACACAAAACACUGCCAGUCCGAGAGACACAUUCGUAAACUCAACGGCAAAGGCAAACUGCCAGCUUCAGCCAAACGGAAGAGCAACUCGACAGGGAAAACCAAAGAAAGGAAGUCCGUUAAAGAAGGUGGAAACGAUGGAUCACCAAGGGUAGAUAACUCAGACAGUGGAAAGGAUGGAGAACAAAGGCUGGAUACCUAUAACGAUGGAAUUGACAGAGCCCUAAUAUUACCAAAGAAGGAUAACUCUGCACAGAGUACCAAAGUAGAUAUAAACUCUUGAAAUCAUUCCUUCACAAUUGUUCAACAGUGUUCGUUCUCUUUCUUAAACUUUACAAAAUAUCGACGGGGAUGAAAAUAAAAAAUAUCACACUAUGGCACUAAAACUACUAGGACUAAUAUCCUUUGGCACACUGAAAUGGGCGACAUCAUGUGUGUACGUGGUAUUAAAAUACAGGAGUUCCAUCUGAUAUGUGUGAUGUAACGACUUGUAUCAGCCUGCAGUGUAGAAAUAUAUAUUAUUACCGUAUCUUGAUUUUAUCAUCACUUGUAUUAUUAGUAAUUAUCAAAAUCAGCUGAUCAUGACUGCAUUGACUUGCUCAGACCAAUAUUUAUUUAACAUGUUUACAGUGACAAAGAUUCUGAUGCACAUAAGCAAUUUGAUGCGGAAACAUCAUGAUUAUACCAAUAUAUAUAUAUAUACAAUUUAUACUGACAGUGACUAUUGAAGUUUUAAUAAUUAUACACAUGUAAAUGUUGUUUUAUUGAAAUUAUUUUGUUCAUUGAAAUUCUGAUGAAUAAAACUGUUCAAAAUUUUUAUAA